AUGGCCGACACGAAGACCGCAGCGACGGGCGAGGCAGACCACCCAGUUGUCGCUGAACUCGAGGCAACCCACCCAUCGAGCGCCGACAACGCGCGCAGCUACGCCUCGAGCAUCACCGCCGCACCCGCAGUAGACAAGACGCUCUCGACCGACUCGGACGCGCUCAGCAGGAAGGAUGAGGGCGAGUUUGGGGCGGAGGACAAGGGGACGAAGACUCCGGAGGAGAUCGAGCGCGAGAGCAAGUACUUGACCGGCACCAAGCUCGUGCUGGUCUUUGUCGGCAUGCUACUCUCGAUCCUGCUCAUCGCCCUCGACCAAACGAUUCUCGCUCCAGCUCUCCCAGUCAUCGCAUCCAAGUUCCAAGCGCUCGACCAGAUUGCAUGGAUCGCCUCCGCCUACUUCCUCACCCAAACGGCCUUCCUCCUCCUCUACGGCCAGAUCCUCACCCUCUUCGACAGGAAAUGGACGUUCCUCUUUGCGAUCCUGAUCUUCGAGCUGGGCUCGCUGGUGUGUGCGGUGGCUAAGAACGUCGACGUCCUCAUCUUCGGCCGUGCUUUCGCCGGCUGCGGCGCCGCCGGAAUCUUCGUCUCCUGCCUCUCCAUCAUCGCCGAAGUGACCCGCCUCGAGGACCGGCCGAAGCUCUUCGGAUUAUUCGGCGCGGUAUUCGCUUUGAGCAGUGUGAUUGGGCCUCUUAUGGGCGGCGCCUUCACCGACCACGUCUCGUGGCGCUGGUGCUUCUUUAUCAAUCUCCCAAUCGGCGCCCUCACCGUCGUCGCCAUCAUGUUCAUUCUCGGCCCGCAGCCUCCUCCCCCGAUGACCGAAACCGUCGCCUCCUACACCGAGCGCAAGUUCAAGCGCUGGACUUUCGGUCUCUGGACUCCCCCUCGCACCUCGCUCGCGUUCCGCCUCUUCGCGCUCGAUUAUAUCGGCACGGUCCUCAUGAUCGCCACGAUCGCGUGUCUUGUCCUUGCGCUCCAGUGGGGAGGCGUCAAGUACGCCUGGCACGACGGACCGGUCGUCGCUACGCUCGUCGUCUUCGCCAUCCUCGUUCCUACGGUCGUCCUCUUCGAGUGGAAGUUUGCAGGACCAUCGAGGAUCCUCCCCCUUGGAUACUUUGUGGACCGUUCUCAGGCUGGAGCGUGCAUGUGCGCGUUCUUCACCAUGUUUGUACUCCUCGUCUCGACGUACUACUUGCCGACGUUCUACCAAGCGACUCGCUUCCACUCGGCAACCAAGAGCGGUAUCGACAUCCUCCCCUUCAUGCUCGGCGUAACGAUCGCCGCCGGCGUUUGCGGCGCCCUAAUCUCGACCUUUGGCUCCUACUGGCCCUUCCUCGUCUUCGGUCCGAUCUUCAGCUGUAUCGGGUCCGGGUUGUUGUACACGGUCGACGAGCACACGUCUUCGGCUAAGUUGAUUGGGUUCCAGAUCAUCCUUGCGAUUGGAGUUGGAGCGGUCCUUCAGAACACGAUCAUUGCUGUCCAGGCCGACUGCGACGACGAGACCGAAGUCCCGCAGAAGACCGCGCUCGUCACCUUCGCCCAGCUCGUCGGCGGCACGAUCGGUAUCGCCAUCGCCUCGUCCAUCUUCGGCACCAAGCUCGGCUCGAGCCUGCACGAGUUUGCGCCCGAAGCGCCCUUCCAGCUCGUCCGUAACUCGGUCGAGGCUAUCCCGACACUGCCGAAGGCGAUGCAGCCGGGUGUUAUUCAUGCGUACACGACGGCGCUCAAGGACGUCUUCAUCAUCGGCGCCGCAGCCGGCGGUUUGACCUCCCUCUGCGCAAUCCCGAUUCGCAACCUGAGCGUCAAGGGCAAGAACAUGGCCGGCGGAGGCGCCGCCUAA